AUGCCGAACGUUAGUGCUGGACAUUUACAAAGCUUUGUGAAAGGUGAUAAUUUUGAAGAGUAUUUACUACAAGCCGAUUUCUUUUUUGAAGCCAAUAAGAUUACCACGGAUGAUGAAAAGCGAGCUUUACUCUUAUCAGCUAUCGGUAAGAAAAUAUUUUCACUUCUUCGAAACUUACUUCAACCACGUGAUAUGAAAACGGUUAAACAUAAUGAAAUUUUAAAAGUACUGACUGAUUAUUACUCUCCCACUUCAUCUACUAUUAUGGAACAUUUCCGUUUUUAUAAUUUACAUCAGGGAAACGAGGACAUAGCUACUUUUGUUGUAAAGAUAAAAGAGCUGGCGAGCAGAUGUGAUUUUAGUGCAUUUUUGAAUGAUGCUCUUAGAGAAAAGCUUGUUUGUGGAUUGCAGUCUGAACAGAUUCAAAAUAAAUUGCUUAGUGAAAAUGAUAUAAAUAUCAUCAAAGCUUCUGAACUAGCACUUGCCAUGGAAACAGCUUCCAGAGAAACAAAAUCCUUAAAAAAAGGGGGGUACUAA